AUGCAUGCCCGGCCAAGACGAAAACGGUCGUUCUGGCCAGUGUGUUUUUGCUUUGAUUCCAAGUCCACUGCGGUGGAUGCAGCGGAAGCUGACCUCUUUUACUGCAUAGCUCGCGGGGACGCUGAGAGGCUGGAGCGUUGUCUCCAGUGUUUGCAGGGAGCUAAAAAACGGAUCAGUCUGACGGUUCGUCGCCACCACCCCAACCGAUUGCUGGGGAGUUUCUAUCAGGAGUGUUCCCCUGCCAUGUGGGCUGCCGAUUGCGGUCAAUGGCCUCUUCUACCUAUCCUCUGGCGCUAUGGCUAUGACGUAAAUAGACCUCAGUUCUGCCGACGUUGGACGUGUUUUUGUCGUUCUCAGCACCGACCCAACAACUCUCCCUACCGUAGGACCUGGACCAGUGGCCACUACACGUACCAGUCAGUCUUGGACUAUUACUUCGCCAAUACCUACGAGCAGUACGGAGAGUUCGGUAUAGAUCUUGAAGAAACGGACCUGCCUAAUCCACUUUACACCCAGCUCUCGAGCAUUCGACAAAUUCUUAGCCACGGGGUGGACGUUCAUCGAAUCGACUCCAUCAUUGUAUUCAACUCCCUUGCCGCAUCUUUUGACCACUACAUGUGUGCCUACGUCAAUCCCUUGGCCCGGGUGCCAGAUCUAUCCGAGAGUGAGGACGCUUUCGUGGAAAUUGAGGUAGUUCGUUGUCUGAUUGAGAACGGCUACUCGGAAUUUGAGUUCAUGGAUUACGUCAGUCCCAACACCAACUGGUUCGGAAUCCUUAUCUGCCUCCUCUCUCACCCCCGCCUACCCGAACUAGUGGGGCAGACGCUGCCGAGUCUUAUCCGGUCGGCUGCUCUUCUUCUCAUUAAUCUCCUGGCCCUACGCUUUUUUCUCACUAAUGCCGGCAAACUCUGUGAUACCGUGGACAACCUCCGUCUGCGUAAAAUAUACGUCAAGCGAUACUGUGAUCAACGCCUCUUCUUCAACGCCCGCAUGUCUAACCUGAUAGCCUCCUGUGAGGCAAUGUUUCGGGAACCGCCACCACUGGGUCUCCUGGCUCGUAAUAAGGUCAGACAUCUGCUGGGUGGAACAAAUUUUCUGAUGAAGCUCUCCGCCCUCCACUUGCCACCCAAGCUGGCCUCCUUCGUCAGUUAUAUUGGACCAGAACACCUGCAUUGGGUCCGCAUGCCCAGCUCCCUGUGCGCACUCUCUAAAGGGCUGCUAACAGAAGGUAAAUCUCAGCACGAUGACGGAAGCCUACCACUUCCUCCAUCGCCUUGUCCACUGCAAUUGAGCGUGCCGUCCGAUGAAGCGGCACGGUCGAACGGGCAGAUAUCCCCUUCCUCUUCCUCCUCCGCCUUCUCUUCGGACGUGGCAGUGCUGGGUGAGGAGGAAAAAGUGACAGAGGAGAUCGCGAUUAUUCGGCCGCCGCGCAGAUUACGAGUUCAACGCUCUCUCAGCUUCUGUCCCCGACCCACGUCGGCCCCAAUUCCGAAAAUCGCAAGGGUCUUCUCUUUCAGGCCCUUCACCCGUCUUUCUCCAUCAUUCCGGUGA